AUGACUGCUUGCAAUGUUACCCAGGGACACCCUCCUUUCUUCAUUCUUCAAGGAAUUCCUGGGAUGGAGGACAAACACAAAUGGAUAUCUAUUCCUUUCUCUUCCUUGUACUUCAUGACCAUCCUUGGGAAUUGCACCAUCCUCUUCAUUAUCUCCACAGAGCGUUCCCUGCACAAGCCCAUGUUUCUGCUCCUCUGCAUGUUGGCCUUCACAGACCUGGGCAUGUCUACAACCACCAUUCCUAAAGUGCUGUGUAUCUUCUGGUUUGGCCAGAGUGAGAUCAGCUUUGAGGGCUGCCUGGUCCAGCUGUUCUUCAUCCACUCCAUCUCUGUCAUGCAAUCUGCUGUUCUGAUGACCAUGGCUUUUGACCGUUAUGUUGCAAUCUGUGAGCCCCUACGUUAUGCCACCAUUCUUUCCAAUAGUCGCAUUGGGCUUAUUGGUCUGGUGAGUUUGGUGAGAGCUAUUCUCUUCAUUCUCCCCAUGCCCAUUCUCCUCCAGCAGAUGCCCUUUCAUAUCAACCGUGUCAUCCCUACCACCUACUGUGAGCACAUGGCUGUGGUGAAGAUGGUGUGUGUGGACACCACAGUCAACCGAAUGUAUGGUCUGGUAGUAGCCAUGCUGGUUGUUGGGCUUGACCUCUCAGCUAUUGGCUCAUCUUAUGUGCUAAUUAUUCAGGCUAUAAUGCGUCUCUCUUCUAAGGAAGCUCACCACAAAGCAGUCAACACCUGCACCACACACAUAUGUGUCAUGCUUAUCUCUUACACACCCUCACUUUUCUCAUUUCUUACUCACCGCUUUGGCCAAGGCAUUCCACCCCAUGUCCACACCAUUCUUGGCAAUCUCUACUUUCUUAUACCACCAAUGCUCAAUCCUAUUGUUUAUGGAGUGAAAACCAAAGAGUUUCGGGAAAAAGUGACAAAAUAUGGGUGUCGAAGGAAGGACCCCUUAACCAUUGGCCCUGGUCAGAAACCUGUCUGA